UGGAUCAAGUUUACUCUUCUGAGGAGCUUCUGGAGCAAAUACUGUGAGAGGAGCGACUCGAUCAGAGCUCAGGAUCUGAUUGCUUAUCUCCUGCAGAUCCGCUGAACGUUCAGCCCUGUGUGUGUUCAGGAGGAAGGGCUCUGCUGACACCUGCACCAUGAGGAAGGGCUCCUGCUGCAUGUUCACGUCGGGAGUCAUCGGCGCUGUUCUCCUGAUCAUGGGAAUCAGCCUCUUUGUGUCCGGACUCUUCCAGACCUUGAUCCACAACAAGCUGAAGGGGGAGAUCACGCUGACGGAAGGCAGUAAAAUUUUCGCCACGUGGAAGAAUCCACCGCCUCCGGUCUACAUGGAGUUCUUCAUCUUCAACGUCACAAACCCUGACAAGUUCCUGAAAGGAGAAGCCAAACCUCAUCUUACUACAAUGGGGCCGUACACCUACAGAGAGUACAGGCCCAAACACAACGUGUCAUUUGUGCACAACGGGACGAAGGUUGCUGCUUACACAGCCAAGAUUUUCGUCUUUGAGCCUGAGAAAUCAGUUGGAGACCCGAACGUGGAUCUGGUGACGACGGUGAACAUCCCAGCGGUGGCCGUGAUGAAUCGAAUCAAAGGUGCAGGAUUCUGGGUCUCCUCGGGAAUCUCCAUGUACAUGGGCUCCAUCGGCACCACUAUGUUCAUGACACACACAGUGCAGGAGCUGCUCUGGGGCUUCAAGGACCCGCUACUCAGCCGACUGAAAACUAUAAGGCCAGAUACAGACGAAUACUUCGGUCUCAUGCUGCAUAAAAACAGCAGUGAUGACGGUGAGUUCGUGUAUCACACCGGAGAGCAGAACUACCUGGACUUCGGCCGCAUUUACACCUGGAAGGGAGAAAAGAUGAUGUCCUUCUGGAAGAGCAACCAGAGUAACAUGAUCAACGGCACCGACGGCAGCGGCUUCCACCCGUUCCUGAGCAAAGAAGAGCGGCUGAACGUCUUCACCCCUGACCUCUGCAGGUCCAUCCACAUGCGCUUUGAGAAGGAGGUGGAGCUGAAGGGCAUCCCAGCGUACCGCUUCACGCCGCCCCGGGACGUGCUGGCCAGCGGGAAGAACAACCCGGAAAACGAGGGAUUCUGUGUGACGCCAAAGAAAUGCCUGGACGACGGCGUGCUGGAUGUGUCUGUGUGUCGGAAAGGUGCUCCUGUCGUCAUGUCGUUCCCUCACUUUCAUCUGGGUGAUGAGAAGUAUGCCAAAGCUAUCGAUGGCAUUUCUCCGGUGCACGAGCAUCAUCAGACCUUUCUGGAUCUGAACCCUACUAUGGGAGUGCCUGUUCGUGCCAUGAAACGAGCCCAGAUCAACAUUCAUCUCGAGAGAGUGACCGGCUUUCCUUUGACCAGGAAUCUCAACAGCACCAUCUUUCCCAUUUUGUUUCUGAAUGAGUCUGUGGUGAUUGACGACGCUUCAGCGGCGAGGAUUCAGAAGCUGCUGCUGAUCGUGACUCUGGUGUCUCAUUUCCCGCUCAUUCUCGUGGCUCUGGGAGUCAUUCUGCUGCUUGUCUCCAUCAUCCUCGCCAUUCGCUUCUAUCAGAACAAGCCAUCUGCAAAGAAAGACACGUCAUAUGCUCCUGUGAGCUCCAAAGUGGACGAUCAAGACGAGAAAAAUGGCACUUAUAUCGGCAUGAUGCCUGUGGACAAGUCAUAAGCGGCUGUGAAUGUGUGUGUGUGUGUCACAGAUGCUGUCACUCUCAGUAGAGCGGUGUGUGUGUCAGUCGUCAUGAUUCACAAGCUGACUCCUCCUCAGGACUGAUGCCGUUAGCAAACGAGCAUCUCGAUGAACGA